GUUUUGCUGAUUUCCUGGGCGUGCCAAGUGAACGCCUGCCAGGCACAGGCAUUGCAGAAGGGGAUGGAUCAGGACAACCCCAGGCUGCUGCCGGGACUGGGCCAGUGGCCAGCGGCAGUGUGGGAGUCCUUGCAAGCACGUUCCCUUUGGGACUGUAGUCUGGAUUUCCACCCAGCACCGCCGCGGGGAUGCGGAGACCUUUCUUCCACUGCUUUUAAGCACACGGGGUGGGGCAGUGCAGGUGUAAAGGUCAGUGGUGCAAGAGCCGUGGCGACCUGCCUGGACUUCAGCCUUCCCUUCAAAUCCGCGGCAGGAGAAACUUGAAGCAAAGUUCGGCCGAAGCCUGGGCAGCGAAGGCGCGGCACUGUCCUGCAAGCUGCUCGCCCACGGCCCUGUUCCCGGCCGCAGGACAGCGAUGGUGCGGCGUGUGGCCGUCAUCGGCGCCGGGGCCGCUGGCUUGGCCUCUGUCAAGUGCUGCCUGGAGGAGGGGCUGGAGCCCACCUGCUUCGAGAGGAGCGAGGACAUCGGAGGGGUCUGGCGGUACACGGACUCCACGGAUGGUACGAGAGUCAGCGUGUACCGCUCUGUCAUUACCAACACCUCUAAGGAGAUGUCCUGCUUCAGUGACUUCCCCUUCCCGGAGGAUUUUCCCAAUUACCUACCCCACAGCCUCCUGCUGGAGUACUUUCGGAUGUACGCUCGUCACUUUGACCUCCUGAGGCACAUACGCUUCAAGACAACAGUUCUCAGCGUGAGAAAGCGCCCAGACUUUGCCACCUCUGGCCAGUGGGAGGUGGUCACGGAGACCGACGGUGUCCGUGAGUCCCACGUCUUCGAUGCCGUCAUGGUUUGCACCGGCCAUUACCAGGGGCCUUACUUACCACUGGAUUCUUUCCCAGGCAUUGACACUCGCUUCAAAGGCCAGUACCUCCACAGCCAGGAAUACAAAGAUGUGGAGGCUUUCCGGGGAAAGCGGGUCCUGGUGGUCGGCAUCGGCAACACCGGCGGUGACGUCUCCGUGGAGCUGAGCCACGUGGCUGCCAAGGUGUUCCUCAGUGCCAGGAGCAACACGUGGGUGAUCAGCCGGAUCUCGAAGCACGGCCUCCCCUUCGACAUGAUCAGCACCACCCGCUUCAACCACUUUCUCGACUGGCUGCUCCCGUCAGCCCUAACAAGGAGGAUCCGGUUUCGGAAGUUAAAUUCAUGGUUUAACCACGCAAACUAUGGGUUGGCUUCCACCAAAAGCUCCAAAUUUAAGAUGAUUAUCAAUGAAGAGCUGCCUUUCUGCCUCCUCUCCGGGACUGUUGUGUUGAAGCCAAGCGUGAAGGAGUUCACGGAAAGCUCCGUUGUUUUUGAAGACGGGACAGCAGAAGAAAACAUUGACGUGGUGCUCUUUGCCACGGGCUACAUCUUUCCAUUUUCCUUCCUCGAAGAGUCAGUUCGCAGCCGCAUUGACGAUAACAGGUCCCUCUAUAAAUGCAUCUUCCCUCCCCAGCUGGAAAAGCCGACGCUGGCCAUCAUCGGCUUGGUCCAGCUGACCGGCUCAAUCAUGGUGGGAUCAGAAAUGCAGGCUCGCUGGGUGACGGGGAUCUUUGCAGGCCGGAACAAGCUCCCUCCUGCCAGCAGGAUGAUGGCUGAUGUUUUGAAGAAGAAGCCUCCGGUCAAAAGGAAUCAAUCCGAGAGGGAGAACCUGAAGAUGAGUUUUAUCGGCUACACGAAUGAAAUCGCUGCCUGUGCCGGGGUGAAGCCCAGCGUGCUGAGGCUGCUCCUGACAGACCCCCAGCUGGCCCUGGCCAUCUUCUUCGGGCCCUGCACGCCCUACCAGUACCGGCUGGUGGGGCGGGGGGCGUGGAACGGGGCCAGGGAUGCCAUCCUGACGCAGUGGCAGCGCACGCUGCAGCCCUUGAGGACCCGCGUGGUGGAUGAAGAUUCUGACCGCUCGUCCAGCUGGUGCUGGAUGUGCCUCCUGGCCCUGCCAGUGGCUCUCACAGCAGGUUGGCUCCUUUCUAAACGCCCCCAGAUGGGCUGUAGGCCCUGGGCAGGUCCCUGGCUGUAGGAGAAACCUGGUGAGCCCCAUUCCCCAAGGACUGGAGCGAAGCUGUGU